UUGUACUAUAUCUGUGUCAUUCACCCACGCAGCGGAAGAUGGCCCCUUCCCGAAGAGCACGGCCCACGGGACCAAUGAAUCUCCUGGUGUUGCUUGCAGCUGUGGCAGCGGGCAUUGUGUUGCAGCCUUCGGGCGUUGCCGCUGCGGACGAAGGCGUUCAGCAGGAGGCAUUUCGCUGCGAGAGCGAGGAAGAUUUGGACGGCUCGGCUUGCAGGGUCGACAUGCUGCCAGACUCAGCGUUGGCGGAGAUGGUUUACGAGAGGGGCUUCGACCCGGACGGGGCGGAUCGACUACAGCUGCUGGACGCGGUGAUGCAGCUCCUGGACUACGAGUACGCCACCGGAGAGGACCUCCGCGAGAUGGAGUACAUCCCGGACGACGGCUCGGCGGCGGCGGCGGCGGAAACGGCGGCCGCCGACCUCGAAGCGGCCGCAGCCAACGCCGCCGCCGCUGCCCUAGCCGCGGAGGCGGAAGCAGCCGCCUUGGCGGCUGCUGCGGGGACCAGGGGGGAAGAAGGGCUGGAGGAGGAGCACGGGGCGGCGGGGAGAGAAGACGGGGACGCUGAUUCGCCCGCGGGUGUCGAAUCGGGGGGGGUGGGCAAUGACGAGGAGGAAGCGUCUGAUGAUGCGAUCGCCCGAGAGGUGAUAGAGGAGUGCACCUCCUCUUCCGUCACCUCUUCCUGUCCCGUGGGCGGGCGUGGGGAGGAGGUAGCAGCUUACGGCGAGAGCACGCUGCUCGGGUACGCGCACGGCCUAGCCACGGAGGUGCUCCGCACGAUGCGCAGGGACCUGAACUCCUUGGUAGGGAUGCUGCCCGAACCGUUGGAGAGGCCGGUCCGGGAGGCGGCUGCGUUCGUAGGGAACACGGCCACGAGGUUCGUGGGGCCGGCGGUGCAGAAGGCGGAGCGGUACACGCGAGGGCUGCGGCGGGGGGCCGGGAAGACCGCAGGGAAGGCCGUGAUGGCGCUGAAGGACGAGGUGCUGCCGAGGGUGUGGACGGGGGUCAGCCGCGCGGCGUCGAACGCGAAGCGGCGGGUGGAAGACGCCAUAGCAGCCCGGAAAGAGAGGAGCGAGCAGAGACGCGAGCAGCAGGAGCAGGAAGACGGUAGAGCACAACGCGAUUGAUGCUGGAGUAUGUCAGAGAAUGUGGUGUGCGAUUAGGGAGUGUGCCGGUGGGGGUGUACUGUGUUUGGGCGCGAGGUCAGCGGGCUCGUAUCAACGGCGUCUUGUUUGUGGUCGGGUUAGGAUAUUUGUAAGCAUCAGCGUUUGCGCUGGCGGAGAUGGAGCGGUGAGGAGAUUUGAGACUACCCAUGCCAAAACUGCCCACCGCUGUGCCGACUCGCACUUGGUGCGGCGGUACUUCCGAUGAGGCUAAAGGGGCGAGAGUUGGAGCGGAAUGAGCCAUUGUCUUAUUGAGACUCUUGGAUGUGUGCUUGGCGUUCCUUGCAAGCGUUUGGUCUCGAUGACUACGUUCCGGCGCACUUGGGGCGUGGGUCUGCGGCAAUACCAAGCUUGAGCGACUGCUGUGGGUUCAAACCACGACCUACCUCGUUGCUGUCACGUCGCCAGACGACGCGAGGGGCUGCCUCGGGGGUGCUGCCUCAUGGGUCUUCAACGAUCGAUCAUAUACUUGUGCCCAAGCAGGAACGGUAGCCAAAAGAAGUAGUACUGCUUUGUUUGUCCGCUCAUUUCCUUGGCUGCAGGAAAGGAGAGUGUUCCGCCGUCGGGGUGUUGAGUGGCCUGCUGUUUUUGCGCCUUCCUGUGGAGCACAUGUGAAAGACCCCGCGUUGCUUAUCGUUCAUUUCUCAGCUCCAUGAGCCUCGUCGGAUGCCGAUUGAAUCCUCGCCGUUCCUGGUGAACGCAGACGACACAUGAAGUUUGUUGUCCGUGCGGUGUUACCCGUGCCUCUUGCUUCGGUAACGGGUUUUUGGCCGUACCCUUCUCUUGCCCGAGAUCGAGCGUUGUUCAAACACACAAGCUCCGGAGGCGAAAAAAUGACGGCUUCUCGAUUUCAUUGGCUCAGGCAUCGCAGAGGAUAUCAACUCGUGGUCAUGGUUGUGACUACGGGUUCAGAUUUGGUUCGGUUCUCCUGAUCAAGUUCACGCUGUUGUGUUCUCACAGACCUCUCCAAAACGAGACAAUUUACUUGCCAAGCUCACAAGUACACUGACCCUACUAAAUGAGCCGUAUACACGUUGGACCGUGAACAGUCCCGUGGGCCAAGAGUUCAAAUAAAUCGGGUUCCGCGACAACAUUGGAACACUUGAUUGUCGGUGAUGGGAGACUUCCUCUCGAAGACGCCCACAUGACUUCCACGGAUGCGGAUCGCCCGCCCCCCGCCCUA